AGAUGGUCUCGACAAGAAGGUCCCGGAGCUCCUCCGUCGGUUGCGGGUCGUACGUCGACGGCAGCCACUCAGGCCUCGCCGUGGACACAAGGUGGAGUCGAGGAGAAGCAGUUGGCAUGGACAUUCCGUUUCUCUCUGAUGUCUGAGAAGAAAGUCCGUCUUCGGUGCAGCGAUAUCCAACAGGAAGCAUGUGAUGCAUUCAAGAUUCACGAAAACCAAUAUUGUGGUCCUCCCUGUGGUCACCCAGCAGUGGAGGUGCACUGUAUGUCUGUUGUCACCCGUCGGUGGAGCAGGAGGCAUGUGAUGCAUUCAAGAUUCAACCAAUUAAGAAAACCAAAGUUUUGGCCUUCCCUCUGUGGCAGAAACUCCGAGAUGAAUUGUCUUUUGCACAAAUAGGUAUGCUGUCUCACGCAGGUAAUUUUUAGAUUUGCAUUUCUGCGACUUUUUGUAUUUGGAAAAAGUAAAUCGUAUUUGCUAACUUCACAGCCAGUGGAACGCAAAUUUUGAAAAACUGCAUUGGUUCUACUGGCAUAUAAAUAUCAAUUAUAAUGACCCACUUGCAAUAUUCUGGUUGUCUGGUGCUCCAGCUGUCCCUACUAAGAAAAAAAGAUACCCCCAGCUGUUAACGUGGUAUGCCCAAAAAGAAUGCCAAGUGCUCACACCAGCUGUUAACGUUGCAAGAUUGGGUAGUUGUGAUUGGUUAACAGAAAGCCAAGCACGACUUGCUCACACCAUUCUCUUCUCCAUUCUGCACCUGCACCUGUGCUCACACCACUCUUCUCACCAUUCUGCACAGCCCUUGUGUUCCACUGUCUUGUGCCGUGUGUGUACCGUUCGGCGCCGGCCGCCAUAACUUCACCGGAGUCGCCUCCUGCUUCUGCGCCGCGUCAAUUUCCUCAUUGCAGAGAUGCAUGACUUUGGGUUGAGGCAGACAUUGUUGGUGUCCAAUCAGUUGAGGCAGACACCAGUGUCCAAGGAGUGGAGGCACACAGAUUAUGUCAUCAUCGACCCACAAGAAAUUGCCAGCAGAUCCAGGCGCGAAGAUAAGAAUAAUAUCAUUAAGGUGCUACUUGGUGAAGCUAGCAAUGCAAAUCUUGCAGUAGUUCCCAUUGUUGGAAUGGGGGGCCUUGGCAAGACCACAUUGGCGCAACUCAUAUACAAUGAACCUGAAAUUCAGAAGCAUUUUCCGUUGCAGCUCUGGGUCUGCAUCUCUGAUACCUUUGAUGUGAAUUCGGUGGCUAAGAGUAUAGUUGAAGCAUCCCCCAAGAAAAAUGAUGAUACAAACAAACCAGCACUGGAUAGACUUCAAAAACUGGUCAGCGGGCAGAGGUAUCUCCUUGUAUUGGAUGAUGUCUGGAACAGAGAGGUCCAUAAGUGGGAAAGGCUGAAGGUCUGUCUUCAACAGGGUGGCAUGGGUAGUGCAGUGUUGACAACAACCCGUGAUAAACAAGUUGCUGAAACUAUGGGUGUAGAUAGAACCUACAAUCUCAAUGUUUUGCAGGAUUACUUCAUAGAGGAAAUUAUUGUGGAUAGAGCAUUCAGUUCAGAGAAUGAAAAGCCUCCCGAGCUGCUCGAGAUGGUUGGUGAGAUUGUGAAGAGAUGUCGUGGCUCUCCUUUAGCUGCAACUGCACUGGGCUCUGUACUUCGUACCAAGACCAGCGUAGAAGAAUGGAAGGUUGUAUCAUCUAGAAGCAGUAUCUGCACUGAGGAAACGGGAAUUUUGCCAAUACUCAAGCUUAGCUACAACGAUUUGCCAGCACACAUGAAGCAAUGCUUUGCUUUCUGUGCCAUAUUUCCCAAGGAUUACAAGAUUAAUGUGGAGAAGCUUAUCCAACUUUGGAUUGCAAAUGGCUUUAUCCCAGAACAGGAGGAAGAUAGUCUUGAAACCGUUGGCAAACAUAUUUUCAGUGAGCUAGCAUCAAGGUCAUUCUUUCUGGACAUAGAGGAAUUUAAGGGUGACAUGCAAAAUCAGCAGUACUGUUUCAGAACUACAUGCAAAAUCCAUGAUCUUAUGCAUGAUAUUGCAAUGUCUGUUAUGGGAAAGGAAUGUGUCGUUGCAAUUAAGGAACCAAGUCAAAUUGAGUGGCUUUCGGAUACUGCUCGGCAUUUGUUCUUGUCAUGUGAUGAAACAGAAGGUAUUUUGAAUGAUUCUUUGGAGAAAAAGUCCCCUGCCAUUCAAACACUGAUAUGCGAUAGUCCUAUUCAAAGCUCAUUGAAGCAUCUAUCAAAAUAUAGCUCUUUGCAUGCCUUGAAGCUCUGUCUGGGAACAGAAUCAUUUCCGCUCAAACCAAAGUAUCUGCAUCACCUGAGGUACCUUGAUCUCUCGUGGAGUGAUAUCGAAGCACUUCCUGAGGAUAUAAGUAUUCUAUAUAACCUGCAAGUGUUGGACCUUUCCGACUGCCGUUAUCUUGAACGACUUCCAAUGCAAAUGAAGUAUAUGACUUUCCUCCGUCACCUCUACACUCAUGGAUGUCCGGGGUUGAAGAGCAUGCCUCCAGGACUAGGAAAACUCACUAACCUACAGACGCUGACAUGGUUUGUGGCAGGAGUUCCUGGUCCUGAUUGCAGUGAUGUUGGAGAGCUGCAGCAUUUAAACCUUGGUGGGCAGCUAGAGCUAUGCCAGUUAGAGAAUAUCGAUAUAGAAACAGAAGCGAAAGUGGCAGAUUUCGGUAAAAAGAAGGAUCUCAGAGAACUGACAUUAAGAUGGAGCUCUGUUUGUGUCAGCAAGGUGCUCAACAAUUUUGAACCUCAUGUUGGGCUGCAGGUUCUGAAGAUAUAUUCCUAUGGAGGAGAGUGCAUGGGUAUGUUGCAGAACAUGGUUGAGAUCCAUCUUUUUCAUUGUGAAAGAUUGCAAUUUUUGUUCAAAUGCAGUACAAUCCUCACUUUUCCAAAACUGAAGGUGCUUAUGCUAGAACAUCUGUUGGGUUUUGAAAGAUGGCCGGAAAUAGAUGAGAGGCAAGAAGAACAAACAAUAUUUCCUGUGCUUGAGAAGUUGUUUAUUAGUAAUUGUGGAAAGUUGGUAGCAUUACCUGAAGCACCAUUGCUGCAAGGACCUUGUGGUGAAGGUGGUUAUACAUUGGUACGCUCAGCGUUUCCUGCCCUAAAGGUACUCAAAAUGAAAGAGUUGGAGAGCUUUCAGAGAUGGGAUGCAGUCGAAGAGACUCAAGGAGAACAUAUAUUGUUUCCUUGUCUAGAGGAACUGUCAAUUGAGAAAUGCCCAAAGCUGAUAAAUUUACCUGAAGCACCAUUGCUUGAAGAACCAUGUAGUGGAGGUGGUUAUAGAUUGGUACGUUCAGCCUUUCCUGCCCUCAAGGUGCUCAAAAUGGAAGACUUGGAGAGCUUUCAGAGAUGGGAUGCAGUUGAAGGGACAUUGUUUCCUGAGCUUGAGAAACUGUCAGUCCAGAAAUGCCCAAAACUGGUAGCAUUGCCCAAAGCACCAAAACUCAGUUUAUUCGAAAUUGAAGAUGGGAAGCAAGAGAUCUUCCACUGUGUAGACAGGUAUUUGUCUUCAUUGACCAAGCUGACACUGAAGCUAGAACACACAGAAACAACAUCAGAGUCUGAAUGCACUUCAAUUGUACUGGUCGACAGCAAAGAGAAAUGGAACCAGAAAUCCCCACUUACAGUUAUGGAGUUAGGACGCUGCAACUCAUUCUUUGGACCAGGUGCACUAGAGCCGUGGGACUAUUUUGUACAUCUUGGAGAGCUGGUAAUUAACAGAUGCGAUGUGCUCAUCCACUGGCCAGAGAAUGUGUUCCAAAGCUUGGUAUCCUUGAGGAUAUUAGUGAUUAGAAACUGCGAAAACCUGACUGGAUAUGCACAGGCUCCUCUUGAGCCAUUGGCGUCCGAAAGGAGUCAACACCUGCCAGGUCUGGAGUCCCUUUAUUUAUAUGAUUGUGUAAAUUUGGUAGAGAUGUUCAACGUUUCGGCAUCUCUCAAGGAAAUGAAUAUUCGUCGGUGCCAUAAGCUUGAGUCCAUAUUCGGCAAGCAGCAGGGCAUGCCGGAGUUAGUCCAAGGAUCUUCUAGCAGUGAGGCAGUCAUGCCUGCAGCUGUAUCAGAGUUGCCAUCCUCACCCAUGAAUCACUUUUGUCCAUGCCUAGAAGAUCUAAGUUUAGUCGAAUGUGGAAGCUUACAAGCGGUUCUAAGUCUGCCUCCAUCCUUAAAGACCAUAUAUAUUUCUGGCUGCAAUAGCAUUCAAGUCCUAUCAUGUCAGCUGGGUGGGCUCCAGAAUCCAGAAGCCACUACCUCCAUAAGCAGAAGUCCUAUCAUGCCAGAGCCACCAGCAGCAACAGCACCAACUGCAAGAGAGCAUUUACUUCCUCCCCAUCUCGAAUAUCUAGCAAUACUGGACUGUGCUGCCAUGUUGGGUGGGACUCUUCGUCUGCCUGCGCCCCUCAAGAGACUGCGCAUUAUUGGCAACAGUGGGCUGACAUCGCUGGAGUGUCUGUCGGGAGAGCACCCCCCAUCGCUGGAAUACCUUUAUCUUGAAAGAUGCAGUACCCUGGCAUCCCUGCCGAAUGAGCCGCAAGUAUACAGGUCUCUCUACUUUGUUGGAAUUACAGGCUGCCCUGCUAUAAAGAAGCUCCCUAGAUGCCUGCAGCAGCAACUGGGCAGCAUUAACAUCAAAGGACUAGAUGCCCGUUAUGAAGUGAUGGCACUUAAACCGAAUACAUGGAAGGAGAUGCCAAGGCUAGUCCGUGAGCGGAGGAAGGCCACUCGACAAGCCAGGGAGCGCCAGCAAGCCAUGCAGGAGUAAGCAGGGCGGAAACCACAUAGAAACGGCAUGGAUUCUGUUUGCUUCAAAUAAUGUACUACCAGGUCGAUCGGCUUAGCUGAACUUUGAUUUCUAUCUUGUUCAGAUUCAGACAUAUGUAUUGUGAAUUAAGUCAUCUCCCUCAGCAUCUGCCAGGUAUCUGUUUCAAUACCAUACUGAUGGAAAGCUUGCAUCAGCGCUGGUUACCGUGGAGAUGUUGCUGGCAUGUCAAAUCAUCCUUCCUCAAGAGUGUUGUUGAAAACCUGUCUGCACUCUGUAGUUUUCAGCCCUGGGAAAGGAUAUGCUUGUGAGUUUCUUGGAUAAUAAAUAGGCCUCCCUCCCCUGAUGUCCGCUCUACUCUGCUAGAGUGCUACGGGAGUGAUUGAUUGCUUCUACAACUGUAGUACAGUCGCUCUCGAUCGAGAAUUGUCGGGGCCUGCGGUGGAGGGCGUCUGGUCCUGAUCCCUGUCGUACACACCCACCCAAAGGAGCAGCAGUGAGCUUCACUGGAGAAGACAAGUUAAGGUUAUCACCUCUCGACGUGUGGUUCCACCUCCGUGAUCUGAUUAGAUUCAGCUACAAUAUGCAUUUUUCGCCCUCGUCGAACAUAAGUUAAGUUACAAUAUACAUUUUUUAGAUUGCUCACCGCAUAUGACAUGUGGUGGCCACGACUUGGAUUUAACUUAUAAUUAUAUGUCAACUUGUGUAACUGUGUAAUCUUGUUGUUGCAAUAGUGAUCUUGAUUUUA